AUGUCGACCGAUCCCACCGUCGCGCGAGAGCUUUCCCGACUCGACCCGGCCAUCCCCUUUCGGGCCACCACGAAGCAUCUGCACUUCACUUGGGCAAAGACCUUUUACUCGCGACCAGAGCUCUAUAUCCAGCCGCAGAGCAUCGAGGAAAUCCAAAAGGCUGUGAUUGUUGCGCGCCGAUGUCGGCGGAGAUUGGUGACCGUCGGUAGUGGCCAUUCGCCUUCUGACUUGACUUGUACCUCGGCGUGGCUGAUCAAUCUCGACAAUUUCAAUCGUGUCCUGAGCGUGUCGCAAGAUACCGGUCUUAUUACGGUGGAAGCAGGCAUUAGACUGCGCGAUCUUGGUCGGGAGCUACACAAAAAUGGACUGUCUUUGCCCAAUCUCGGCAGUAUCGAUAGCCAGUCAAUAGCCGGAGUGAUCGCAACCGGUACCCACGGCAGUUCUUCUCGACAUGGUCUAAUAUCUGACUGUAUUCGAGGCCUAUCGGUGACUUUGGCCAAUGGACAGACGGUGCGAUGCAGUGCGACCAACAAUCCAGAGCUGUUCCGUGCAGCCUUGGUGUCACUGGGCGCGCUUGGCAUUGUCACUGAAGUGACCUUGCAAGCUGUCCCUGCUUUUCGCAUUGAAUGGGAGCAGUCGCUUCACCCUCUGUCGGAGCUGCUCGAUCGGUGGGAGGGUGACCUUUGGACGUCGCACGAGUUCGUUCGCGCGUGGUGGCUGCCUUACAUGGAGCGUGCUAUCAUCUGGCGCGCAGACAAGACUGAUUCACCUGUACAACCGCCGCCAAAAUCUUGGUAUGGUGGAUGGUUAGGCUACCAUGUGUAUCAUAACUUGCUCGCAUUGUCGAACUGCGUCCCGCGCAUUCUCCCUUGGGUUGAAUGGUUUGUGUUUGGAAUGCAAUAUGGGUUCAAGCCUGGCGCUGUAGUCACUAAGGCCAUAGAGCCAGGACGAGAAGGUCUGCUUAUGGAUUGUCUUUACUCGCAAUUCGUGAACGAGUGGGCAUUGCCAUUGGAGAAAGGCCCUGAGGCGAUUACUCGUCUUUCGGCUUGGAUUCGUGGUGAUCAGGAAACUGCUCGCAUUCCGUUUAGUCCCAAAGGCGUCUGGGUACACUGUCCUAUCGAAGUACGGGUAUCCGAUACUACGCUAUCUUCCACACCACGCCCUUACCUCGACCCGACCUCUCGCGAUGGACCUACGUUGUACUUGAAUGCUACUUUGUAUCGCCCCUAUUUGCGGGAUCCUCCCUGCCGAGAACGCUACUACGAAGCAUUUCAAUGGCUCAUGCGCGACUUGGGUGGUCGUCCCCACUGGGCAAAGAAUUUUACUACACUAGCCUCAGCUCAAGACUUGCGAGACAUGUACGGAGACGACAUGGAUCAAUGGCUCAAAGUGCGACGAGAAGUCGAUCCUGACGGGUUGUUUGUUGGAGAAUGGCACAGACGAAACUUGUUGUUGACGUCUAGCUAUGAGUCAAAAACGACGGAAUCGGACGACGACCUUCUCUCUCUGGGAGAAAGACAGGAAACUGUGCGCAAAUUCGGCCGCCGUGGAGCUGGAGAUGGUCUAGAGUGGAUUGGGGAUCGUGGCUGGGAACGAGAAGCCCCCGCUUCUUCACACAAGGAGGCUAUCAUCACUGACUCUCCCAGUCCGCCAAUGACUAUCACGAGCGAAGAGAGUUUUGAUCUUCUGGCUCAUGGCGAGGCUAGCAUUCUCAUUUCUGACAAACAAUAA